AUGUGGGAAUGGGAGUGGCACUGGCAAGGUUCCCUUGCUCCCAGCCCAUUCCACAAUUCCAUAAAAGUUGGGAAGACCACGCCAGGAAUUCCUCCGCCAGCUAAAACCGUGGAAUUCUGGAUUUUAUUGGAAAGGACCCAACCUCCUCCUUCCCUCUUAACCUCCAACAGCAUUGAUGGAGCUCCCGGAAUUCUGGGGUGCAGAGGAGGACUUUUCCCCUCAUUCCAACGCUUUUUCCAUGUGUUUUUUUUCCGGGCAGGAGUUCCUCUCUCCACGCAGUGGGGCCCUCAGGGCUACUUCUACCCCAUCCAGAUCGCCCAGUACGGGCUGAGCCACUACAGCAAGAACCUGACGGAGAAGGCGCCGCACGUGGAGGUGUACGAGACGGCCGGGGACGGCAGCGGGAGCGGGGAGUGGACCCUGCGGCACUUCAUGCUGGGCACGGCGCCCAACCUGGCGCGCUGGGACUACCACACCACGCACAUCAACCAGCUGCAGCUGCUGGGCUCCAUCGACGACGCGCCCGUCUUCAGGGAGUUCGUCAAGAGGUGGAAGAGUUACCUGCGGGGAGGGCGGGCCAAGCACAACUGAGCUCCUCCCCGUCCUCGCCGCGGUUCCGGCGGCUCCGUCCCAAAAUUGUGGGCCUUAAAAAAAACUGCUCCGGGGAGGGUUUGGGAUGGGGACGCUCUCUCCCGCGUUGAGGUUGGGUUUUGUUGGGAUUGGUUUUUCCUUUUCCAGGGAAAACGUUUGCAGAAGCCAUACAAGUCUUGGAAGCGCGGUCGCUGCCUGGAGAGCUCGCCCAGGGCCUCUGGAACCGGGAUUUUGUGUCCGUGUUGGAGCAGCUCCCGUGGGAUGAGCGCCGUCCACGGGAAUCACUCGGAGCCUGGGAGUGCAAAGCGUGGCUUUAAAGUGGGGGGGGGGAUUUCUUAGGGAUUCGCUUUUUCGGGAUGGAAAAUCCACAGUUGGAAUCUUUUGCCAGUUCUCUGUCUGGAGAUCCUGGAGCUGGAGGGUUUCUUCAUGGAAAACACGUGCCCAGCAUCAUGGAAGCACAACUGGGAGCCUGGAGCGCACAGCCCCGGGCCACCAGCACCCGUGUCCCCUCGGAGCUGGGAUCCUUAUCCUGGUGUCCCCUUGGAGCUGGGAUCCGUUAUCUUGGUGUCCCCUCAGAUCUGGGAUCCUUAUCCCUGUCACUGGAAUUCCCUCGGAGCUGGGAUCCUUAUCCCUGUCACCGGUGUCCCCUCAGAUCUGGGAUCCUUUUUUCUGGAGUUCUGUGUUUUCUAUGGGAUUUUGGAAUUCCAUCUGGGAGGUUCCUCAGAGCUUUGGGGACGUUUUCAGGAAUUGCUGAGUGGGACAUGGAGCUCGUCCGGAGUUCCUCAGGAAAUUCAAGAAUUUGGGAAUUUUCAUUUUUUUCUCCUGCUCCAGCUCAUCCAGCAUUGUAACAAUUCCAUCCCAGAGGUUUUCCAGCUCUCCCUGGGAUGGAAUUCCCAGAGAAGCUGUAGCUGCCUCUGGAUCCCUGGAAUGUCCAAGGCCAGCU